GCGCGGCCACGCCGUGCGGAGCGCCGCUCGGCCCAGCGGGAUGGCUGUGGCCGCCACGGCGUUGGCGCUGGGCGGGGGACUCCUCCUGGCCGCCUGGCGUUGGCUGUGGGGCGCGGCCCGGCCCGGGGCCAUCGCCGGGGCCUCCAUGCGGGGCAAGACGGUGAUCAUCACGGGGGCCAACAGCGGGCUGGGCCGGGCGGCGGCGGCCGAGCUGCUGCGGAUGCAGGCCCGCGUCAUCAUGGGCUGCCGCGACCGGGCGCGGGCCGAGCGGGCGGCCCGUGAGAUCCGGGCCGAGGUGGGCGAGCGGGCGGAGGGCGAGGACGGCGGUGAGUUGGUGGUCCGGGAGCUGGACCUGGCCUCGCUCCGCUCCGUCCGCGCCUUCUGCCACCGCGUCCUUCAGGAAGAGCCAAGGCUGGAUGUUCUGAUAAAUAAUGCAGGGGUAUUCCAGUGUCCAUACAUGAAGACAGAGGAUGGUUUUGAGAUGCAGUUUGGUGUGAACCACUUGGGUCACUUCUUGCUCACCAACCUUCUUCUGGGCCUACUUAAAAAUUCUGCUCCAAGCAGGAUUGUGGUAGUAUCCUCAAAGCUUUACAAGUAUGGAGAGAUCAACUUUGAAGACUUGAACAGUGAAAUAAGUUACAAUAAAAGCUUUUGUUACAGUCGGAGUAAACUGGCAAACAUACUAUUUGCAAGGGAGCUGGCCCGUCGGUUAGAAGGCACAGGAGUCACCGUCAAUUCACUUCAUCCUGGGAUUGUCAGAACAAAUCUAGGCAGAUAUGUGAACAUUCCUUUGCUGGCAAAACCCCUAUUCAACUUGGUGUCAUGGGCUUUCUUCAAAACGCCUCUGGAAGGAGCCCAGACCUCUAUUUAUUUGGCCUCUUCUCCUGAUGUUGAAGGAGUCUCAGGAAAAUAUUUUGGGGACUGCAAAGAGGAGGAACUCCUGCCCAAAGCCAUGGAUGAUUUGGUUGCAAGAAAGUUGUGGGAUAUCAGUGAAGUGAUGGUUGGCUUACUGAAAUAAGUGCCGGGGGGUUAUCUGUACAAUACAAUGCAGAUAACUAUGCAACAUGCAUUUACAGCAGGGUAAGUUCUCACUUUAAAUGCUGUGGGAAUACAGAUUAUUUUUGCUCAGAAAGUAUUAGAGGAGUGAUUUCUACUGGAACUCUGCUUUGAAAUAAAGGACAAUCUAUUUAUUAGACACAGGCAUUCAAAACAGAUCUGAAAUGGAGCUCGAGGGUGUGAAUAUAAUUCUUGGUUAAAUCUGCUUGGAAACUCAUGUUUUAUAAAUAAAAAUUCAACAAGAUGUUUGCAAUAUAGAUGCACAUUUGUCAUGUUCCACUACUUGUAGUCAGGCUGGACAACCCAACGUGCUGAUGCUGAAACACUUCUGUAAAUGUAAUAAUAGUAGUCAUAAUAGGAUUGUUGUCAUUUUUUUUGAGCCAAAAAAAAAAUAAUUGAUCAGUUUUACUGAUGUUUUACACUGUAAGCACUUAGGCCUCUGAGUGCCAUUAAAGGACUUGUCAGCCCUGUGGUUUAGUGAACAAGCCUGCCAAGCUGUAUCAGUUUAACUGUGAAGCACAAAGUCAACUUUCUGGAGUGAUGUUGCUGCUAUUCGAUGAGUACAUACACUUGGUUGUGCAAGCUGUUGUUGUGCGUGUGCUGAACUUGCUAUUUCUUGAUAUGCGGACACCUUGGGUUUCAUUAAAGCUUAGUUGCCGGAUGUAUUAGGGUCUUGCUAGGGGUUUGCCUGCCACAGAUUUUGUGCAUGCAAAGUUUACAAGACCUCUCUGCGAUUAGCCUGAAGAGAAUAUGCUAAAUUUACAGUGUGUGUUUGGCUUGACUGAUGACACUUCAACUCACUGUGGAGAUAAGCCUGUCAAAUACAGUUUACUGAAUAUUCUUUAAUAAAAGCAUUUUUAAAAAAGAGUUAACAUUAAUUUUUUCACUGUGGGAGAUCUGUCAGAAAUCAGCAAUCUUGACACAGUAACAUUGUUUUAAACCAGAAGAUUUGGCUGUAUUGGGUUAGGGAGCUUGUCAUGUAGGGCUGGUAGAAAUAAAAUGAGCUCUGAAUAAAUACGCAGAUAUGACA